UAUGGGCGGAUGGAAGGGGCCGGGGCAGCGCCGGGCAAGGGAAGGGCCGGAGCAGCGGCGGCAGGCGGCCGAGAGGGGCGGCGGCGGCGGGCUUCCCGCGCCGCGGAGCCCGGCCCGAGAGCGCCUUCCACCCUCCUGCCUCCUGCUCCCGCCGCCCCGGGGCGCCGCCAUGACGCCUGAUCUGCUCAACUUCAAGAAAGGAUGGAUGUCGAUCCUGGACGAGCCAGGAGAGUGGAAGAAGCACUGGUUCGUGUUGACCGAUUCAAGCCUCAAGUACUACAGGGACUCCACGGCCGAGGAGGCGGACGAGCUGGAUGGCGAGAUCGACCUGCGCUCCUGCACGGAUGUCACUGAAUUCGCGGUGCAGCGAAACUACGGCUUCCAGAUCCACACUAAGGAUGCUGUCUAUACCUUGUCGGCCAUGACCUCGGGCAUCCGGAGGAACUGGAUCGAAGCUCUGAGGAAGACCGUGCGCCCAACCUCAGCCCCAGACGUCACCAAGCUCUCGGACAGCAAUAAGGAGAACACGCUGCAUGGCCAUGGCACCCAGAAGGGCUCCCUGAAGGCGGGGGAGCCGCGCGUGGGCUCCGAGGUCAUCAGCCGGGGCGGCGGCCUGCGGAAGGCAGAUGGGCAGCGGCCAUCCCUGGACUAUGUGGAGCUCUCCCCGCUGACGCAGGGCUCCCCGCAGCGGGCCCGUACCCCGGCCCGCACUCUUGACCGUCCAGCCAAGCAGGAGGAGCUGGAGCGGGACCUUGCUCAGCGCUCUGAGGAGCGACGCAAGUGGUUCGAGGCCACAGACAGCAGGGCGACAGAGACACCGGCCGGUGAGGCGCCGCGCCGCAGCCUGGGCGCCCCUUUGACUGAGGACCAGCAGAGCCGGCUCAGCGAGGAGAUCGAGAAGAAGUGGCAGGAGCUGGAGAAGCUGCCCCUGCGGGAGAACAAGCGGGUGCCUCUGACCGCCCUGCUGAACCAAAGCCGUGGGGAGCGCCGGGGGCCCCCGAGUGACAGCCACGAGGCACUGGAGAAGGAGGUCCAGUCUCUACGUGCCCAGCUGGAGGUGUGGCGUCUCCAAGGGGAGGCCCCUCAGGGUGCACCCAGAUCCCAGGAGGACGGCCACGUCCCCCCAGGCUACAUCUCACAGGAGGCGUGUGAGCGCAGCCUGGCCGAGAUGGAGUCCUCGCACCAGCAGGCGAUGGAGGAGCUGCAGCGGCACCAUGAGCGCGAGCUGCGGCGGCUGCAGCAGGAGAAGGAGUGGCUCCUGGCCGAGGAGACGGCAGCCACAGCCUCAGCCAUCGAAGCCAUGAAAAAGGCCUACCAGGAGGAGCUGAGCCGGGAGCUGAGCAAGACACGGAGUCUCCAGCAGGGCCCGGACGGCCUCCGGAAGCAGCACCAGUCAGACGUGGAGGCGCUGAAGCGGGAGCUGCAGGUGCUGUCGGAGCAGUACUCGCAGAAGUGCCUGGAGAUCGGGGCCCUGACGCGGCAGGCGGAGGAGCGUGAGCACACGCUGCGGCGCUGCCAGCAGGAGGGCCAGGAGCUGCUGCGCCACAACCAGGAGCUGCACACCCGCCUGUCAGAGGAGAUCGACCGGCUGCGCGGCUUCAUCGCCUCGCAGGGCACAGGCAGUGGCUGUGGGCGCGGCAGCGAGCGGAGCUCCUGUGAGCUGGAGGUGCUGCUGCGAGUGAAGGAGAACGAACUUCAGUACCUGAAGAAGGAGGUGCAAUGCCUCCGGGACGAGCUCCAGAUGAUGCAGAAGGACAAGCGCUUCACCUCGGGAAAGUACCAGGACGUGUACGUGGAGCUGAACCACAUCAAGACACGGUCAGAGCGGGAGAUCGAGCAGCUGAAGGAGCACCUGCGCCUCGCCAUGGCUGCCUUGCAGGAAAAGGAGGCUGUGCGCAACAGCCUGGCCGAGUAGAGGUCCUCGUGGUCCAGCCCCGCUGCAGACCCCCCGCCCAAGGGGACCAGUCGCCCUCCUUCCCUACUGGAUGGAAGUCAGAAGCCAAGCUUUCUCCCCACCCUCUGUGGGCCGCACGUACACACACACACACACACACACACACACACACACAGGCGCACACACACACACACACUCUGCGUAUCUGAGCGCGCCCCUCGCACUGGGUCUUAUCUUGCACCUUCUUCAGGAUUUUAUAUGUGAAGAGAUUUUUAUAUAGAAUUUUUUCCCCAAAACACUUUAUACCUUUUAAAAAGCAGUACCUGGUGGCCGUGUGCCUCCACACUGGCCUGGGCUCUGUCUACAGCCACCUGCCUGGGCUUCUGGGCCUGUGGCCCUGCCCGGGGUCUGGUGGGGGCCCAGCAGCGGCCAUGGCAGGGUGGACUCUGUGGGAGAGGCAGGGGGCCAGCCACCCUACCUCCCACUAACUACUUCCUGCCCUGGGGGACCCACACCCUGGGGCUCUGGCGGAGGGACAGAUGGACAGAGGGAGCCAGCAGCUGUCCCCAGGCCGUACCUCCUCCUCUGGAGGUGCUGGGCGUGGAAGCGCUGGAGCCACCCCGUGAAGGUGUCUCUCCUCUGCUCCAUGAGCCUUCUUAACUUAAUAAAAUGUUCCGGCA